GCGCAUGAAUCCGAUCCGAAUAUCCUUUGGGAUGACUUGAAGGAAAAUUUUUUGUUAGUACCGAAUAUGCAUGCACCACCGGUCAUCAGGAGAGUUCGAAGCGAACAUGUGCCAUGGUUAACUUCGGAAAUCAAAACAAAAAUUUAUCAUAGGGAUUUUUUUAAGAAAAAAGCAAUCAAAACAGGUUCAACUCACUUUCAUAAUGCAUACAAAAAUGCUAGAAAUAAUUUGAGCAAGUUAGUAAAAGAUAUAAAAGCGAAUUAUUACAAUACUGCGAUAAACCGAUGCAAUAAGUAUCCAAAAU